GUGUGUGUGCCGGUGGAGCAGGCCGGAGCGGCGGGGCCGGGGCGAUGCUGGAGGAGGCGGGCGAGGUGCUGGAGUCGGUGCUGAAGGCCUCAUGUCUGCCGCUCAGCUUCCUGCUCUUCGUGCCCGCCGUACUCCUUCUUUUGGGCCCGCCGCCUGCCGCUGAGGCCGCCCACGAGUUCACGGUCUACCGCAUGCAGCAGUACGAGCUGGGCGGGCAGCCCUACGGCACCAGGAGCGCAGUGCUUAACACAGAAGCCCGCACUGUAGAAGCAGAUGUCCUGAGCCGCCGCUGCGUCAUGAUGCGACUGGUGGAUUUCUCCUAUGAGCAGUACCAGAAGGCUCUCCGCCAGUCAGCUGGUGCUGUGGUGAUCAUCUUGCCACGAUCUAUGUCUUCUGUCCCACAGGAUGUUGUGAGGCAAUUCAUGGAGAUAGAGCCAGAAAUGCUUGCUAUGGAAACCAUUGUGCCAGUCUACUUUGCAGUCGAAGAUGAAGAGCUGCUGUCGAUCUAUGAACAAACGCGGGCUGCUUCUGCAUCUCAGGGUUCUGCCUCGGCUGCAGAAGUUCUGCUGCACACAGCAACUGCAAAUGGCUUCCAGAUGGUGACCAGUGGGGCUCAAAGCAAAGCUAUCAAUGACUGGCUCAUACCCAGUGUGGAGGGAAGGCUAACGGGGCUGGGUGGAGAAGACCUGCCCACUGUUGUGAUAGUUGCCCACUAUGAUUCUUUUGGAGUGGCUCCAUGGCUGUCACAUGGUGCUGACUCCAAUGGCAGUGGUAUCUCAGUGCUACUGGAACUAGCCAGGCUGUUUUCCCGGCUCUAUACCUACAGACGUACCCAUGCUGGGUAUAACUUGCUGUUCUUUGCAUCUGGAGGUGGCAAGUUUAAUUACCAAGGAACCAAGAGGUGGCUGGAAGACAAUUUGGAUCACACUGAUUCCAGCCUGCUGCAGGACAACGUAGCAUUUGUUCUCUGCCUUGAUACUCUGGGCCGAGGCAAUAGCCUUCAUCUCCAUGUCUCAAAGCCUCCCAAGGAGGGGACCUUGCAGCAUGCGUUUCUGAGAGAACUGGAGAUGGUUGUUGCCAGCCAAUUCCCAGAGGUGAAGUUUUCCAUGGUGCACAAGAAGAUAAACUUGGCGGAGGACAUGCUGGCAUGGGAGCAUGAGCGUUUUGCAAUCCGACGCUUGCCAGCAUUUACCAUCUCCCAUCUGGAGAGCCACCGGGACAGCCUGCGCAACAGCAUCAUGGAUAGGAGGGCACGGAUAGACACUAAGGCACUAACCAGGAAUACUAGGAUCAUUGCUGAGGCUUUGACAAGGGUCAUCUACAACUUAACAGACAAGGGAACACCUGCAGAUCUGCAGAUCUUCACAGAUCAGAUGCAGAUCCAGGAGGAGCAACUAGAAUCAGUGAUGGACUGGCUGAGCAGUCAGCCCAGGGCUGCCCAGCUGAUUGAUAAAGACAGCACCUUCCUCAACACCUUAGAAUAUUAUAUGGGUCGCUACCUGAAGGAUGUCAAACAGCAUCAUGUAAAGGCAGACAAACGGGACCCUGAGUUUGUUUUCUAUGACCAGCUGAAACAAGUGAUGAAUGCAUACAGGGUCAAGCCAGCGAUCUUUGACCUGCUUCUGGCUGUCUGUAUUGCAGCCUACCUUGGUGUUGCUUAUGUUGCAGUGCAGCACUUUGGUCUCCUUUACAAGAUGAUACAGAGAUUAUCCCUUAAAACCAAGCAGCAGUGAAGCAGUGAGUCAUCACCCAUACAGCAGCACUGAGCCAUCGCUUUUUGGUGAGGGAGAGGCUCAGAGACUUCAGUAGUUUCUGUGGGUUGUUUAAACACUGAACGGCUGAUUCUGAGCAGCUUCUAUGAGUGUAAAACCAAGUCCAGCACCUUCAUGGACACAUGUGCCAUGCAGCCAACUUGGAAACUGAAGCUACAGAGUAGAGUGACAUGUUAUCUCUGCUCAGCAAACAAGGACCGAGAGCAGUUGUUUAAAAGAAAAAAAGUGCACAUGUGAAUUAAAGAGAAUACUAUUAGCAUGUUUUCUUAUGGCACCUCUUCCUUAAAUUCACUGCCUGGCUUUAGGAAGGUGUGCUGAGCAAGCAGUAUCUGCAGCAAGCAGCAGUAUCUGCAGCAAGCAUCAUCUUGCAUUUUGUUUAGACUGUGCAAUAAUUCAUUCUCUUUUAGGAGGUGCACUCUAAAUGAUCUUAACUGUUAUUGACAGAAUGAGGAAAGAUUGUUAAAAUGGUUCCUUGCAUUAGGGUUCUUAGCAGGACAGGUUCUCUCCUGUCUCUAUUGGAGGAUGAAUUCUGCUGUGUACUUGAUUUCUCUUAAAGUUUAUUGUUCUUGAACAGUUCGUGGCUGCCACCACUCUGUGCUAAACUCUUGCUUGGUUUUUAUGGAGUGUUCUACAGUCCCAACUGCUUCAGGAUCAUGUUCUGUGCUGCUCCAUGUAUUUAAACAAGUUGAUUAUAUUGAGAGCAAGAGCAACUCUGCUUCUGCUGAGUUCUGGUCUCUAAUCCCUUCAGUCUUCAUUCCUUAGUUUUUACUUCCAGAUGGGUUCUGGAUUUUGGGGUGUUUUCCCAUGUUCACUUGCAUCUCAGGGUCUCACUUCACAUUUUUCAGCUCUGUUAUUUCUGGAAACAUCGUUCCUGGCCUGCACAUAUGAGCAAGUUCACAAACUACUUGUUGUGUCCUUUCAUGUGCUGCCCCUAGUAUAUAUGAAGGGAGGCAGGUCACUUAGCCAUUAAAAAGCAAAACAAAAUGAAAAAUGAAGUUUUAUGACUGUAAUUAUAAACAUGGCUGUUUCUAGAACUGUAGCUAAGAGGGUGUAUCUUGGAACACACGCUCUGAGUUUUUUAUCCUUGAGCAAGCCUUAUUUUUAGUUUGAUGAUGCUUCUGGAUGGAGAGAGCUAUGUAGUUGCCCCAAAUAUUUGGCACUGCUGUGCAAAGAUCAGGAGGGCUAGGUAACCAGUUGCUCAAGCAUUGUCAUAAUCUUAAAUUGAAGUCCUUCCUGAAUUCCAUCAUCCCAGGUAAGCAGGAUACUUGUCACCACUUCCUGGUGAGAGUUGAAUGCCCUUUCUGGGCAGCGUUGCACUUUGUUUACUCUCAAGUUCUUCCGGAAAAUCUAUCAAGAUACUGACUACAAGUCCUAGGCUAGUUGUAGUUCUAGAAGAUUUCUGGAUUGAAUACUACUGUCCUGCCACUCACUCAACAAUAUUUGACUUCGUUCUGUAAUUUGUUCUAUGCACAUGAGGUCUCUUCACAGGCCACGGUGACUACCUUUUUUUUUUUUUUUUUAAUUACUACUUGUAUUUAAAAUAGUAUCUUUUACAGAGGCUGAAAAGCUCAUGUGGGUUUGAAUGAACGUGUACCCUUUUUUUUAUACGCAAGGAAAAUUGAAGCUGUGCAUCCUUGUCUGUACCACAGCUGCUGUGUGCACACUUGUUAGAAAAGGGGUUAUUGUGGCCAGUCACUGUCCUUGUCCUUUGGAUGGGAACCAAAGCACUGAUUUCUAUCCAUCUUUCUUUGUAUCGCUGUAGUCUCCUUUGUGGAGUACCUUUACCCCAUAAUGUGUGCUUUCUGCUACUUUAAAUGUGUAGCAACUUGUUCUUUAAAGGGUCUAUUAUUUUCCAGGAGAGUGUGCUGAUGUCAGUGGCUCACUGUACUAUCAGCAGGUGGCAUGGUACCAACCACUCCUGAAAUAUCAGCCCUACAGGGAAACUUGCCAUUUUCUGAUCUUUUGAGUGCUUAUUUAAAAUAUGUCUCUCUGCAUGUGUGAAGUGUUUGUGACACUCUUCUGCCAAAUGAAUUUAUGAUGACUUCAGAAAUCGCUAGAGUGGCUGGAAGACAAACCUUGAUUGUUUUCCACUGGCUUUAUAUGCUCUGCUCUUAGAGACUGUGUAUGUUGUGCUAUGGGAAGGUGCAUGCUCUGGACUGUGUAGUUUCAGAACACGCAUAGUACAGUGGCUAUCUGAAGAACUUCCUAUAGGUUCUGAAUAUCUGGAAGUAGUUUCAGAGACCUCCAGCUGCGUCAUGUUUCUAGUGUGUUAUAUUUCAAGAGGGUGAUGUUCCUUCUAAUCCAGCUGAUUACUUAACUAGGCUUCAUGAAACUGUUACCUCACUGAGAAAAAUAGAAAAACCAUAAUUAUUAGCAAUCCUGCUGCAGCUUGACUUGUUGCAUGUAAAAUUUGCAAGUAUUGGGCAAGUGAGAACAGAACAGGCCUGGAGUAUUCUUCCUUGCAGUGAAGACUGUCAACCUUUGGUCUUCCGAAUGAGAAGCUCAAAGUUCAGAAUAAAAAACUUCCACCAAGGCAACCUGGUGUGGUUGCAGCUAUGUUGCUGUCAAGGUUGUAGCAUUAAAGCAAACAUUUCACCCCCUUGUGGUCUCAACAAUAAACUGCUAACACUCCUGAAGCCAGUAGCAGCUAUCCAAAAGACAGCUGGAUAGAGGUAAAUGAGGAGAGUUCAUAAACUUGAAGGGCAGUUGGGAUAGUACAUCACUCUCCCACACAAGGGUCAUUUGUCCUCUAAUCUGAUUGGAUGCAUUUUGUGUAUCUCUAGCUGGCUGCCAUAGAAAGUAGUUUUUACUAUAGAUACGGGUUUAUGCUUUUGAUCAAAGUGCAUGUGCACUGAAACAUUAUAUACUCUAAUCUGAGAUGAUAAAAUUCCAACUUUCUCAUAGCUGGAACAGAGUGCCCAUCCUGGGAGUGAACUUAGUUCCCAUAUUGCUGUUUCCUUUGGGAAGUUGACAGAGAAGCUUGUAAAUAGACCCUGCUAUUCUGAUAGGUUUUGAAAAACACAAGAAAAAUGCUGCUGAUCCAUACUACGGCAUAUCGGAUCAAUUCUAUCACCAACAUGACAUACAAAGGCAGAAAUCCAACAGCUGUUCUGGUAAAAUAAAAGUUCACACCACUGCAGAAGA